UUCAAGGCAAAGAAGGAUCAUUUGCCUCUCCAGUAGCCUCUGACCAGCUGCCUUGGAGCCAUCAGGAUGCCUCUGCCUUCUCUCCCAGCAGCUAUUUUGUCUCAUAUGAUAGCUAUAAACAAUGUGCCGCCUCCUCCACUUCACAGUUUACCAAAGUUGAAAAUGUCUAAGUACAUUGAUUAUGGUCAGUUGAAUGCAUUGUGCCAUAUGAGAGGACUACAAUCUAGCCAGAGUUCUUACAGUAUCCUGUCAGCUCACAAUAUGUUUAUAAAGCAAUAUCCUAAAAUAUUCCUGAAGAAAAAAACCAGACUGCCUAAACUCUUCAAACAAGAGGAAAAAAGAGAACCUACUGAAGGCACAGAAGAACUUCAACCCCAACAACCUGAUGAUUCUCACAAUAUAGCUAUCCAUGUUAAAAAAGCACGUGGUGGCCCUACUUUAUAUGAACCAAAAAAAUUUGAAGAGAAGUUAGUGGAAUUCCUGGAUAUUUUAAAGAAAUUGCCCAUUUACAGGACAUUGCGUGAACACAGAACUGUGUGGAAGAUGCUGAAAACAAUUCCAGAUUUGACCUCUCAGCUAACUGAUGAGCAUCUAAAAACACUUAGUAGGAGUGUCAUUUCUGAAACCUGGGUAAAAGGCAGCACAGUGGUUGGAAAUGAUGGAUUUUAUAUAAUACUGAAAGGUUCAGCUCGACCUCAAACAAAGGCAUAUAAAGAUCUGAUUGAUGAAAAUGAGUCAACAUCCUCUUUCAUACCUCAGAGUUUCCAAGGAUUUGUUUCCAACGAAGACUUCAAAAACAUACUUGCUGAGAUGCACACACCUUCAUGUGAUCCAAUGCUUCGACAAUGGAGUACCUUUGGAACCCUGGAAGUUACAGCUCAGACUGAAUCAGACACAAAGGAGUACUCAGUGAUCACAGAAGAAGAUUGUGAAAUUCUUAAAAUCCCAGCAAAGGAUUAUGUGAGGUUAAAAUCGGAAAACAUAAAGCUUGAAAAUAAAGAAAAGAUGAAAUUAAUUCAUAAAUGUCCAUAUUAUGAGGAGUGGCCAACUUUAUCCAUAUGUGAGCUAGUUGCACUCAUUAAAUGGAAAAAAUUUCCUCCAGGUUAUGUGAUAGUGGAAAGUGGGAAGAUAAUUUCUUUUGUGGCUUAUAUUAAUUCUGGAUAUUGUAAUAUUUAUAGAAAUAUUGUAGGACUUAUGAAACUACAACCAAAAAAAGUGAAAAAAAAUCAAAAACUUGUUUGUAUGGGCAAACUUAAUGAGAAGGAAUCCUUUGGUGAGAUUAGUGUUCUUCUUCAAGUUCCUUUCACAUGCACAAUAGUUACUGGAAAAGAGGUUGAGAUGGCAAUCAUUGAAGAUAAGGACCUAUUUGAAUUAGACCCAGUGACCAAGCAACUUAUGCUCCAUACAGCUAAACCAACUUUUGGUCAUCUGAAAGAUGAGGAUGUUAAAAAUGUAUAUUUGGAAAGGGAACAAAAAAAGGAAUGGAAAAAUUUCAAGGUGAAACUAGUCGUCAUAGCUGGACUUUUCUGAUGCUGAGCUUGACCAUUUUUCAACUGCUGCUUUUGAUAAAAGACAUAAUCAUCUGGGAAAUAUAAAUGCAGUUUCUGGAGAGAGCUGAGUCCUUCUGAGAAUGAUUUCCUGGUGAGCCAAGUUCUGUCAUCAAAACCCGACAGGCAGUUCACACUGGAAUACGUGUUUAAGGGUGUGGGAAUAUGCAGACAGAUUUUGUCCUUUGUGUUUAACUUGGCAGUCUUUUUUCCUCACUGCUUCUUGCAUUGUUUUAUAGCAAUGGCAUCUUCUUACAUGAUUCGCAUGACUAGGUAUUUAAUAGAGAAACCUGCUGGUUUUCGUAAGAUUUGGGAAGACGAGGAUGGAUAGGAGGCUGUUAUAAGUUUGUCUAUUUUCAAACCAAGCAAUAAAUUUAAAAAGCUCUAUUUCCAAUGUGAAUCACAAAUGAAGAUGUGCUGAAAUGUGUUCAAAUUAAUUUUCUAGUGCAAUGGGGAAAAAAAAACAAGCACUGUAAUAUCAGCUUCUGCAUUUUCUUUUUUAGCUCUCCAGAAUUUCUCUUUUUAAUUUACUGUCCACUAAACUCACUAAUUCCAAUUCCUUUCUUACCUUUGUCACUAAAUACGGUCAUGUUACCCAGAUAAAGAAAAAUACUGUAAGACAGAAUCAGUUUCUGAUACAUGCUACAACACAGAUGAAGCUUGAAGACAUGCUAAUUGAAAUAAACUAGACACAAACGAACAUCAAUAUUGUCUGAUUCCAUUUAUAUAAGGUGCCUGGAACAGUAAAAUUUUGUCUUAGAUUGUUUUAGAGAUAGAAGGUAGGAUAGUGGUUACCUGGGGCUUGAGGGUAAGCAGAAUGGAAAGUUAUUGCUUAAUGGUUGCAGAUUUUCAGUUUGAGAUGAUAUAAAACUUUUGAGGAUGGAUACUGGUGAUAGUUAUACAACAGUGUGAAUAUACUUAAUGCCACUGAAAUGUACACUUAAGAGGGUAAAAUGGUAAAUACUAUGUUAUUUACAUUUUUCCUAUAUUGAUAAAACAAAGAGGAUCUCUGCCAGCUCCCCCACGUUACCCACUGAGAUGGAACACUUCAGAGAGAAUAGCCAUGUGGUGCACCAGGAAAGGGUAGACCAUAGUGUCACAAGUGUAGUGUCACAAGGGUAGUCUCACAAGUGUCAGCAUCAGCCAGUGGGCUUAAAGCACAGCAUGCCAUUUGUGACCAUGCCGAAAGAUCAGAUGUUCUUCAAAAGCUUAAAUUUGUUAGACCCACAACAUGUACACUAUUCUGAAUAGAACGGAAGUGAUAUCUGAGAAUGACAAAAUCCAAUUUCCCAUUAAGUCCAGAGUGUUGGAGUUUUAGAUUAAAUCUAACUUAGAAAAAUUAAAGAAUUGUUACUUUUUUCUACUCUAUUGUAGAGUAAAUUU